GAUCAACGAUGUCGGAUUGCCUGGGCCUUCAGUGCAACCCCAGAAGUGUCUGCUCCGAGUCAGGGCCCAUCGUGUUCACCUUCAGAUUCCCAGCGUUCCCAUUUAUCCUCCUUCACCAUGAAGUUGAUGGACAAGUUCCAUUCGCCAAAAAUAAAGCGGACGCCAUCCAAGAAAGGGAAGCAGCCAGACCUGGUCGCAAAGACCCCCGAGAAGGUGGUGAACAAGAAUAUAACUUGGCUGGCGGAGAAGGAGAAGGAGGUGGUAAGCGCCCUGCGCUACUUCAAGACCAUUGUGGACAAGAUGGCGAUUGACAACAAGGUGCUGGAGAUGCUCCCGGGGUCCGCCAGCAAAGUGCUGGAGGCCAUCCUGCCCCUGGUCCAGGUGGACCCGCGGAUCCAACAGAGUACCGCCAUCUCGUCCUGCUAUAGCCGCGUGUACCAGAGCCUGGGCAAUUUGAUUCGCUGGUCUGAUCAGGUGAUGCUGGAGGGCAUCAACUCUGAAGACAAGGAGAUGGUGAACACGGUGAAAGGCGUCAUCAAGGCUGUGCUGGACGGCGUCAAGGAGCUGGUCAAGCUCACCAUCGAGAAGCAAGAGCACCCGUCCCCAACGAGCCCAGUGAAGCCCAGCCUGCCUGUGUGUACAUCGGACAGCCCAUCAGAGCUUCCCUUGACAGAUCGCGAGAUGGAGAUUCUCAGCAAGACGACAGGGAUGGCUUCCACCACAGACGCUUCGGCCGAUUCUGUGGAUGAAGAGGUUGCCCCUCCCAAGCCCCCCCUUCCUUGCAUCCGGGUGGCAGAAAACAGCCCCCCUCCCGCGCUGCCACCCAAGAAGCGCCAGUCCGCACCGUCUCCCACCCGAGUAGCUGUCGUGGCGCCCAUGAGCCGGACGACCAGCGGGUCCAGCUUACCGAUCGGCAUCAACAGACAGGACUUUGAUGCAGACUGCUACGCUCAGCGGAGGCUGUCGGGGGGCAGCCAGUCCUACGGAGGGGAGUCCCCCCGCCUCUCCCCCUACAACAGCAUGGGCAAGCUCAGCAAGUCGGACGAGCAGCUCUCAUCGCUGGACUGCGACAGUGGGCAGUGCUCCCGGAACACAAGCUGUGAAACGCUAGAUCACUACGAUCCCGAUUAUGAGUUCCUGCAGCAGGACCUCUCGAACACCGACCAGAUUCCCCAGCCAGUGUCCGGGGCCCUCAGCCCGCUGCCCGAGUCCCUGGGGGAGUCCGGCUCCCCGUUCCACGGACGCGCUUUCCAGCUGCCGGAGCACAGCAGCCCCUCGGCGGCGGUCCAGGCGGCCGAGAUCCCGCCGGCUCUGCCAGAGAAGAAGAGGCGGGGGGCCGCUGCCCCUCCAUUCGACAUCUCUGGCUGCCGGGUCUUGUUCGAGAGGCACCCCUCACAGUACGACAACAUCUCGGAGGAGGACUUGCACAACCCGGCCUUGAUCCCGCCUGUGCCCUUCACGCCUUUUGCCGCCGUGCUGCCCUUCCAGCCGGGGAACGCUCCUGCCCCCGUCGGAUUCCUGUCGGACUUUGCUGCUCCAGAGCCAACGGGCGACUCGGAGAAGCCGCCGCCGCUGCCAGAGAAGAAGAACAAACACAUGAUGGCCUACAUGCAGUUCGUCGAGGACUACUCGGAGCCGCAGCCCUCCAUGUUCUACCAGACGCCGCAGAACGAGCACAUCUACCAGCAGAAGAACAAGUACCUGAUGGAGGUGUAUGGAUUCAACGACUCCUUCAGCGGCGCAGACUCUGGCCAGGACCUGGCCCCGCCGCCUGCUCUCCCGCCAAAGCAGAGGCAGCUGUACAAAUCGGUGUUCAGGUCUUACUCCCAAGACUUUGUGCCUCGAAACCAAGUCUCCACACCCCCCUUCCUCUCAUCUGCCUCUGCCGGCUCCUCCCCACCUCUGCCUUUCCUGCCCGUGCACCAGUCUCCAAGCGCUGACCCCGGGGCCGGGCCAGCCGCGGCCGGCCAGCCUCCUCGCAUUGUGGACGGGGCCUCUCCUGCUCCUCCCGCUCCUCCUCCUCCUCCUCUUCCUCCUCCUCAGGAGAGCAGCUUUAACGGGACUGCUUCUGUCUGCCUUCCUUCUGAAAUCUCUUUCACUGAUUCUCUCCAGGCAUCUUCGAGCGAACACGCCGGUGAGCUGGCUGGGGAGGGUGAAUACGUCAAUCUGUACUCUUCCGGCCAAAGCAACGGGGAACUCCCUCUCUCUGAAGGAGAAUCCCCAGCCAGCAAAGACGGUCAGGACAAGGACUCCGCCUCUCUGAGCAGCGCCCCAGGGAAGGAGAGCUACGACGAGAGCGAAAGGCCACAGAAGUCACCAGAAUCCGUGGGGCCCUCCCAGCUGGAAGAGGAAGUGGAUGAGCUGUCCCUGGUUGACCACAAUGAAAUCAUGGCCAGACUUACACUGAAGCAGGAGGGAGACGACGGACCUGAUGUGCGCGGGGGGUCGGGGAACAUUCUCCUGGUACAUGCAACGGAGACCGACAGGAAAGAUCUGGUGCUCUACUGUGAAGCCUUUUUGACGACGUACCGAACUUUCAUCACCCCCGAAGAACUCAUCAAAAAGUUGCAAUACAGAUAUGAGAAAUUCUGCCACUGUCCAGACAACUUUAAGAAGCGGGUCAGCAAAAACACGUUCUUCGUCCUGGUCCGGGUGGUGGAUGAGCUGUGCUUGGUGGAGCUGACAGAGGAGAUCCUCAAGCUACUGAUGGACCUGGUGUUCCACCUGGUCUGCAACGGGGAGCUCAGCCUCGCAAGGGUCUUGCGGAAAAACAUCCUCGACAAAGUAGAUCAGAAGAAAAUGCUGCGAUACACCAACUCGAUCAAACCUCUCGCCGCCCGCUGGGUGGCAGCCAGGCCAGGGACCCUCCACGAUUUCCAUAGCCACGAGAUAGCGGAGCAGUUGACCCUCCUGGACGCAGAGCUGUUCUACAAGAUUGAGAUUCCCGAAGUCUUGCUGUGGGCGAAAGAGCAGAACGAAGAGAAAAGCCCCAACCUGACCCAGUUCACUGAGCACUUUAAUAACAUGUCUUACUGGGUCCGCUCAAUCAUCAUGCAGCAGGAGAAGGCCCAAGACCGGGAGCGGCUGCUGCUGAAGUUCAUCAAGAUCAUGAAGCACUUAAGGAAGCUGAACAACUUCAACUCCUACCUGGCCAUCCUUUCCGCACUCGAUUCGGCACCGAUUCGUCGGCUGGAGUGGCAGAAACAGACAUCGGAGGGCCUUGCGGAGUACUGCACGCUGAUCGACAGCUCUUCCUCGUUCCGGGCGUACCGAGCGGCUCUCUCAGAGGUGGAGCCCCCGUGCAUACCUUACUUGGGCCUGAUAUUACAAGACCUGACCUUCGUCCACCUGGGAAACCCAGACUACCUGGACGGCAAAGUCAACUUCUCCAAGCGCUGGCAGCAGUUUAACAUCCUCGAUAGCAUGCGGUGCUUCCAGCAAGUGCAUUAUGACAUCAAACGGAACGACGAUAUCAUCUCGUUCUUCAACGAUUUCAGUGACCAUCUGGCCGAGGAGGCCCUGUGGGAACUCUCUCUGAAGAUCAAACCUCGAAACAUUACGAGGCGAAAGACAGACAGGGAAGAGAAGACCUAGGGGGGCGUGCAGCGGCUGUGGGCAUCAAGGAUUCCUGGCUGCUUGGGCAGCCACCAGACUGGGACCUGCAACUGGCCAAUGCCCUUCCCGGACCAGCCCCGGGGGUCGGGCUGCCUCGCGGCGAGGCUGCGGCCGUUGGAAGGGCUGCCUUCGCAUCCGGCUGUGGGAGAAGGCCACCGAGGGUGCCGCCGCCGCCGCUUCUGUGUGCCAUACAUCAGCCUCGUGGUCUGGAAUGAGAGCGCCGAAGACGGGUGGAUGGGGGCCCGCCUGUUCCCAGUUUGCCAAAUCCGAAGUUUUACUCGCACUCUGUGAGACAGAGGAGGAGACCCUUGCUUCUGCCUCUGGGCGCUCGAGCAGAGGAGAGAGAAGCGAAGCGGCUUCAUCCUGGCUUGAGUCGCAUCCUGCUCACGCAUAGCCCAUGGAACACAGAAGGGAAAGGGGGUGGUCCCCAAGGAGGGGCCUCUCUUUUACAUCCCCCAGGACAGCCGUCUCGGAUUAUCUUUCCACACAAGAGCACCAGGGAAAUGGGGACGAGAGGGGAAGACGCCGUGCUCUCCCCUGGAAAGGUUCUGUUUCCGGGAACAUGUGCGCCACGCAUCAUCAAGGAGGAAAAGUGACGAGAGGCUGCCGAACCCCAGCUCUGUGCCCCCUCCCCUCAAUCCGCCUAGACCUCCUUCAGCUCAGCUGGGAAUCUCUCUCCCCUUAGACUUGGAAAUCUGGGAUUGCCGAGGAUCGGUGGCAUCUGCUCUGCAUCCUCUCUCCGGGAAUGCGGACGCCUGUAAUGUAGUGAUGGUACUAGUUGUAACACAGUAAAUAUGUAGAAAACGAGGCCACCUGUAAAUAGGA